AUGAGUGACUGUGUUUUUAGUAGACCUCUAGACUGCAGUGUAGUACUACUCACUCACUCACACACGAAACCAAUAAACACACCCUCGCGUCUUCGCCAUCCCACCGACAACCCUGGAACACGCCACGUGCAAUCUGGACAUCCGCUCGCAGAACUCAAUGCACGCACAACCCCCCUCUGCAGAUCCUGCCGGCCGUCUCUUCAGAGGAAAAGGAUGCGAGAACCACCAUGUCAGCAACGAGUAGUGAUCUUAGAGCAUAGCAGUGUUGCGUCGUGUGGUGGAAUAGAGAGCAGUUUGACGCUGAGAUGGUGUUGGUAG